UGCCGUGGCGAGACCUUACCUGCAUCACCUGAGCUCAGACUGACAGACACUCGCCAACACACACACACACACGGACACACUAACCAGAGGAAAACACUUCUGAAGGAAUUUAUACCUGACCUCGCCAGGAGGAGAAAUGACUAAAGAAAAUGAGACUUUGAUGGUACUGCAGAACGAGAGCUUCAACUACUCCCGCUACACAGACAGCUACCUGAUGGACUCGUGGGGCUACGCCGACGCAGACCUGACCAAGACCAAAGAGGACCUGACGGCCUUCUCCUUCCUCUACGAGCAGUGCAAGCCUCCCAAGGAGCAGAGACUGACUGCAUGCAGCAGAGGCAGCAGUUUCUACAAGCCAGAGAGGACCGUUGGUGCCUCCUCCCCUGAGCUCAUCUCUCUAGAGAGUCCGGCCCAGAUCAUGAAGCUGCUGACCCACAACAUUUCCGCCACCCAACCACAGGAAGUGCUGGACAGGAAGCUGUCCCCGCUGUGCCCCCCCAAGCAGACCUCCCCCGUCCCUCAGACCUAUGUCCAGCCCACCGUCGCCGAGAGUUACGACAAGCAGGUCAUCAACACCAUCUUCGACAGCCUGCUGCAAGGGACAUACCAAGAGGGCCCCACGGAAGCAACGGCGUCCUACAGCGAUCCCUUUGUGGGCCAGACCAGCCCUGGCUACUCUGAGUCCUACACCAACUCACCUCCAGAGAGAUUCAGGAAAGAUUUCCAGUUCGUCCUCGGGGCACCUCAGGCCUCGCAGCACAAGACUUCGGAGAUGCCCAUGGUGUACCUGAACAAGGGCCAGUUCUACCCCAUCACCCUGAUGGGAGUGGACAGCAGCGCUGGGCAGCCCAUGGGCAGAGUCAAGACGGUCAUCAUGGCAGUGUUCGAGAACGACAAGAGCCCAGAGGUGCAGCUGAAGUGCUGGAAUCACUGGCACGCCAGGCAGCCGACGGUUAAGCAGAGGGUCAUUGAUAUUGCUGACUACAAAGAAACUCUCAGUGGCAUCAGCGAUGUGGAGGAAGUGGCGUUCAACGCUCUGUCUUUCGUCUGGAACACUAACGAGGAGGCCAAGGUGUUCAUCGGGAUCAACUCGCUGAGUACGGACUUCUCCGCUCAGAAGGGCGUGAAGGGCUUGCCACUCAACCUCCAGAUUGACACCUAUGACAUCAGCACCGGCACCAACACACUCAUCCACCGCGCCGCCUGCCAGAUCAAAAUCUUCUGCGAUAAGGGAGCGGAGAGGAAGAUGCGAGAUGAGGAGAGGAAGAGGAGCAAGAGAAGGCUGAAGAAUGACUCCAGCAACGCCAAACAGGGCCAUGUGAGCAGCUCCGUCGGAGCAGACAGCACCUGCCUCAUGCCGCUGGACGAUCAUGUGACCCAGCCCGUGCUCUUCAUCCCAGAGGUGCACUACAGCAACCUGCAGCGCUGCGGCAUGGCCUCCUCGGUGGUGGUGGAGGAUGGUGACUCCCGCGGAGUUCUGAAGAGGGUCAGCUGCUACCCUGAGGGGGGCGAGAGGACCAGCCCUCCCCCCAGCAAAGUGGCACGACGAGAGGAGUCCCAGAGAGUUCUGCUGUACGUGAGGAAGGAGACAGAGGAGGUGUUUGAUGCCCUCAUGCUGAACAGCCCCACGUUGAAAGGCCUGCGAGAAGCCAUUUCAGAAAAGUAUGGUGUGCAAGAGGACACCAUUGGGAAAAUCUUCAAGAAAUGCAAAAGAGGAAUCUUUGUCAACAUGGACGACAACAUCAUCGAACACUACAGCAACCACUCGGCUUUCCUGAUCAACAUCUCCGAGGUCAUGAUGGGUCACUUCCACAUCACCCUCACCGAGCUCUAGAAGGUCCGCGCCGCUGCUGGAAGCUUGCGAUGCGCAUUUCGCUCGCUCUCUCUCUCUCUCCAGCUGUUCUGCCAGCCAUCGCAGGAGACUUGAAGCACUGCCACCACACUGAGAGACUCUUGGGUAGAAACGCGUCUCCAUGGAAACAAGAGAAGCAGGAACUAUAUUUAAACGAGCAGACCCAGCAUGAGCUUGUGAAAACUGCCAGACAUUGCCUCUGUAAAUACCUCUCUGUUUACCUUUAUAAACUUUUAAUAUUAUUUUAAUAUAACAAGUAUUUUAUAAUACGAGCAUUUAUGGUGAAUAUGAUGGAUAUUCUGUAAAUAUUUAUUGUACAUAGAAGUUGAAAAUGACAACGAAGUUGAACGUGACAGUGGAGAAUCUGAGAGUUAUUUUGCAACAGUGAUUUGCUUUGCAGAUGAGUUUGCUAUUUCAAUAUAAUGUAUUCAACCAAACCUUUUCACAUUUUAUUCAGCUGCUUUCAAUGUAUGCAUCAUUUCUUUUCAAGUGUACUGAGCCCUGUGGUCUCAGCAUUUUAAUGGCAUUUUAAACGGCAUGCUUUUCAUUGAGCCCCAAUGGCCUGAGUUACAUUUUUAUUUUUAGUUUGAAUUUUUUAUAUAUUUGUGCUUUUUUGUGCUUUUAUAUACACCACUCACAUUCGCCCGUUGUAGUCGGCAACCAGUUAGUUUCACAUCUGAAUUCGUUGACGCGUCGCGUUUGUUCAGCCGAGACAUUUUCAGACUCAGUCACACAUUUCCACCCCCACGACGGCCAUCACAGACUGCAGGCUGGCCCGGACCAGGCCCAGAUCCACGCCGCAUGCCAGCCGCAUGCGGCCCGGUCCAGUCUGAGAUGCAUCCUCCAGUGUUUCCUACACAAAGACGCGACUGCGGGCGCUGCCUCCUGUGCCACCCCACACAUUUCGAGGUGCAGGGCUCCCAACUCUGCUAUUUCCUGGUCGUGUUUGUGUGGGGUAAAGGUUGUAUAUCUUCAUAAGGACAUUUCAAUGCUUUGUAUCGCUGUAAGACAUGUUGUGUGUGGAGCUUCGAGGCUUCUUCCUCCUUUUUUACCGACUCCUGUUGUCCUGUUUUUGAAAGAAAAUAAAAAUCCUUUUUUUUGUGU